CGGAUCUGCAGAAGUGCAGUACUAAUCGCGUCUAAUGGGCGUGUACAGGAGCGCAGAUUCAGCACUAGAGACUGAUGCCCUGAGCAGGAGACGCUCUUUGUGGCUUGAUGACAAUAAUCUGGCAAAUAUAGUUUGGGAAAAGCGGUGAACAGAAGCUGUGAGUGUUCAAGAUGACGACCACCACCACUUAUCAAGGCAUGGAUCCGACCGCGAGGAGCAGCUCCAGAUUAGACAAUUCGUCAGGUUUAUCAGUCGUUUCUUCUAUCAGUCGGACUGGUGGAGGGAUUUUGAGUGAGGUUUAUUUCAUCACGCUUGCUGUCAGACGACAGCUCAGCUCAAUGAUGCUUUCUUGGCAUGAAUAAGAGCAGCAUGAAGAUAAGUAUUGUAGUGCUGCGUCCACCAGGUGGAGGUUCAAACCUCUGCUUUGGUACAGAGGAAGAGAAACCUGUGAAAAAAAACAAAAUGGCAUCUAGCAUAUUUGAUGAACCCGAGGACCCUCAUGCCCAUCGGAGGAACAAUCCGCCAGGUGGGAAGCCUACAGGUGUGUUGUGUGGUGAGCCAUCUGCCCCGCUCAGAAGAUGUUCUGCUCAACCAGUCAACCAAAGUAACACCACACUCGACAAUAAUGUACCUGUGAAUGGUGAUGAAGACUCAGUCAAUGUUGAUAGCACAGAAGAACCUAAACCUGUUCAGGAGCAGCAUGACACACCAGCUCCUCCUUGCCUUUCUGCAGCAGAGCAGCCUGCAGCUGGGCUUCCUUCUGGCCGUAGAAACCCACCGGGGGGCAAAUCCUCUCUCAUCUUAGGCUAAAGAAUUGCCACACUUAAGGAUAAGAUCUGGGCCUAUGUGAAACAAGCAUCUCAGAGUAAAUGUGCUGUUCUGUAGUCAGUGAUCAUCCUCUGCAUAACUGUAUUCAUAAAAUGACAUAAAGCCACAAAGAACUGAUUCAGAUCGGGGCAAUUUUGUCAGAGCGUGCCACAAAUCUCUGAGCUGUGAUUUGUUCAAAGAAUAUCUUUGAAUGUGUUGAGUGUUGGUCUCUCAGUCUUGUGUCGACUAAAGACCCUUUAGGAAAAACAAAUCCUGUGUAUGCACUGCUACUCUCAGAUACUACAAACCAUAGGCCAAAAUUUGCCAUCAAAGUUCUUAACAUUCAACAUUUAGAAGGUUAAACUGCAUUCACGUAAGCCUAAGAAAUGUCUCCCUGAUUCAGUGUUUGUCUCCCUUUUCAUGUAUUAAGUUUUUGUCAGCACUUUAUGAACUGUGGUGCCCAAUUUGCGGUGCCUCAGACCUGCUGGUUAAGACACAAAGUUUCACAUCCAUCACUGCGAAUAAUAAAAAAAAAAGAGGCUGAAACAUUUGUAGAUGUAAAGGGGAAAAAAAGGUAUAAAAACGGAUGUACUGAUUGCUGAAGAGAUUUUUAGUACAAAAGAACUACAAAAACACAUUGAGGUUUACAGUUACACAUUAAAUCAUUGCCUGCACAUUCAGGUGUGUGGUGAAAGAGAUAACAGAGCAACAACAUGAGAGCGCAACGAAAUAUUACCAUCUAGUCACUAACAGGUGUGCCAGAAAGGUGCAUGUGAGCAAGCUAUUAUUUAUUUGUGUUUGUUACAAAAUACAAAGUUAUAAAACAUGUACAAAAACACAAACAGCCACAGUGUAAAGUCAUUUUAUCAAAUCAUUCAUCAAGUAUUCCAUAAUCAACAAAAAGAUUGAAAGUUCUUAUUGCCUUGUUAUUUUUGACGUAUGCCAAAAAGGUGCUGUAAUAAAGUGUGUAAUAGAGUCUGUUCAUUUUUUUUAUGUACAUGAACUUUUCUCAAAUUAAAAAAAAUUAGUACAUUU